AUGAGCCUACACGUACUCCCCCAUCCACCUACGACAUCCCUCACGCCCAAACCCAAGUCCAAGCCCACAGCAGAUACAGCAUCUUCGACCACUUCUUCUCCCGACUUGAGUUCCUAUGAAUCUUCUGAAAAUGGCGUGGAGGAACUAUCCGAACCUAUCAUCUCAGCUGAGAAGUUGAGGCAGAUCGAAAAGAUGGAAAGUAAUCCUGAUUUCUUAUGGAUGACUACCGAGGAACCGCAUAGAAGUAGGAGGAUGGCUAUUCUCAAGGCUCAUCCCGAGGUCCGUAAAUUGAUGGGUCCAACACUGACCACACCACCCAUCGUCUUCCUCGUACUCACCAUUCAAUUCACAGCCGCCUACCUCUUACGUUCCCAUCAUCCUUUCUCUAUCCCAUUCAUCCUUACCGCAUAUAUCGUAGGAGGGACCGCCAACCAAAAUACCUUUCUGUCUAUCCAUGAAAUAACUCAUAAUCUCGCAUUCAAAUCUAUCAAAGCGAACAAAAUCCUAGCUAUCAUAUCGAAUUUGGCUAUCGGUAUACCCUACGCGAUGGCUUUUAAAGGAUAUCAUAUUGAACAUCACAAGUUCCUAGGUGAAGAUGGGAUAGACACAGAUCUACCUUCGAAAUUCGAAGCUAUGAUAUUAGAUAACGUAGCGGGUAAAACCUUCUUUGCAACUUUUCAAAUCCUCUUCUACGCUUUGCGACCUGGAUUCAUCCGAAGUCAGAAACCAACGAUAUGGCACGGUAUCAACGUAUUGGCCAUUCUCGCAUUUGAUGUUCUACUAGUCAAGAGCUGGGGAUGGAACAGUUUGAUAUAUUUGAUCAUGAGCUCGUUCUUCGCUGGGUCGUUGCAUCCUUGCGCGGCGCAUUUUAUUGCGGAACAUUAUCUUAUGAAUGGACCUCUACCUACCAAGGAAGAACUGGUGAAAGAUGGUCAAGGGGAUAACGAAGAUUGGUUAAUCCAAGGGUUGGCUCAGGAAACGACAAGCUAUUAUGGUUGGUUGAACGUAUUAUGUUACAAUGUUGGAUACCAUAACGAACAUCACGAUUUUCCUUCCGUACCAUGGACCAAAUUACCCGAAUUACAUCGAAUCGCCAAGGAGUUUUACGAUCCACUACCAUCUCAUGAAUCGUGGCCCUAUGUCACAUGGAAGUUCAUCACCGAUCCCAGUAUCGGUAUGUGGUCGAGAGCCAAGAGGUUGAAAAAAGGUGAUAAGAUCGAUCAUUCAUUCUGGACACCUUCAACCGGAACUGGGAGUAAAAUACAGUCCAAUAAGGAGACCAUCGACGUGUUGGCGCAAGAUGAAGAUGAGGAAGAAAUCGCUUAUAUGAGUGAUAGCGAUAAACCGAAAGAUAGGAAUAAGAAAGAAUAG